AUGCGAUAUGAGAGUGUGAAUAAGAGGCCUGCUGUGCCUCAUACUAGUGCACAAACAGGUAACUAGCAAUUCCACAUUGGUUACAUAUGCACUGUGAUGCUAGUGUAAAGGUGUACAGCACAGCAGGCUGCUGAGGGGAGCACGGCUAAUAAUAAUGGCAGGAACGGAGCGAAUUGAAUGUCAUCAAACACAUGAAAACCAUGUGUUUAACGUAUUUGAUACCAUUCCACUAAUUCCGCUCCAGCCAUUACCACUAGCCCGUCCUCCCCAAUUAAGGUGCCACCAACCUCCUGUGGUGUACAGAGAAUACAUAACUACGUACACCGCUAUUGCACCAACCUAUAUGUAACCACAUCAUGUAACUACUAUAAUGUCAAUAGGUUACAUUGUUUUAUUGUCACUUGACAUAAAGUGAAAACUGGAGGUUUUCUGAUGUUAGUUAUGUGUAGUGGUGUUAUUAGCAGUAUCAACACAAUGCCUUUCGACUUUAACAUAUCAUUCUGUCUGAAUUAAUUUGAUCCCAGUGAAAAACAACACAUCUGACACCAGUGUUGUUUCGUGAGGAAGUAUCUACAAGCAGAAUAUAAGUACCUCCAGAAUAAUUAUGUUCCCUGCACUUACAGUAGUGCUGCAAACCCCUUUACCCCUAAUGAGCAACAACAGUGUGGAAAUUGGUUGAUUUUCCAACCUUUAUCAAAAUUAUACAACACUGUAACAUGGGAAUGGCGUGCCAUAUUCCAUACAGAACAGACUUGUUAGCUGAACACAGGAUAUUAACACAUGAAAUCCCUGCCUGGCUUGAUAUUGCCACCCCCCCCCCCCCCCCCCUAUAAUUUGAUCCUCCACUUCAAGUCCCAACUGGCUGCAAUAAGUCCUGAUUGAUGCAGUGCCUUGGUACUGCGAUAUCCCCUGAUAGCCGCUGCUACUAGACGAGCUUGGCAGCCUUCGUUAAUAAUUUAUAAGGAUAGGUAGCUUACAAAAGAGAACACAUUAUACUGUGAGAAUCAGACUGGUCCUUAACACAGAGCCAGUACAGUCCUACUCCUACUUUUUCAUGCCAUCAUUAGAGGCAACCGCCUAUAUGUCCCCUUGUCGUGUGGUUUUCACAAGGCCAUAAUAGCUGAUAUAAGUAAUUUAUGACCAAUGAUUUAAAUACAAAAUUUAGCAUAUUAAUCAGGCAAAGACCUUUCCCCAGUUUGCAGCGCUGAGCUAUUAUAUAAACAGGGGGCAGGCAAAGGACAGGUCAAGGGCAGGCACAGGUCUGUAGUCCAGGGCAGAGUCCGUAAGGUACAGAGCGGCAGGCAGGCUCAGGGUCGGGGCAGGCAGAGGUCAGUAAUCCAGGGCAGAGUCCGUAAGGUACAGAGCGGCAGGCAGGCUCAGGGUCGGGGCAGGCAGAGGUCAGUAAUCCAGGGCAGUAUCAAAACGGUACAGAACGGCAGGCAGGCUCAGGGCAGGCAGAAAGAUCAAAACCGGGAAACGAAACACACGCUGGUAGGCUUGAUGAGACAAGACGAACUGGCAACAGACAAACAGAGAACACUGGUAUAAAUGCACAGGGGAUAAUGGGGAAGAUGGGCGACACCUGGGGGGGGGGGGGGGGGGAAACAAGCACAAAGACAGGUGAAACAGAUCAGGGUGUGACAUGUAUUGCCAUGGGGAAUCUGUCCAUUCAUUAGAGAACAAUUAAACAAAUUGGGAAUUGGACUAGAUUUCUGAUUUAUUGGGUGUGCACACACAGAUGCGACUCCCACUCUGCAAGAUAGAUUCUCUAAAUGGGGAGUCCUAAGCUAUUUGAACUUGAAGGGCUAUAAAGUGGAAAUGGCAACAUAGCAGAACUGAUUUGGUGAGAUGAUUUUCUGACAGCCCUUCUAGGCGAUAGUGAUAGAUUAGAGUGUGUGCACACUGUGCCCGCUGCAUGACGUGGUUGCAGGUGGCUGAGGGUGGAAGGUCACAGCAAGUCACGAAACAGCUAGCUCUAAACCUUGUUUACUGUACCCCCUGAGACAUUUAGUCAUACAUUUAACUAAACUUUCAGAAGUGUUUACUAGAUUAUGUUGCAUUCAUUUUGAAGUUCUAUUUCAUUCAGAGAUUUCCUUCAGACAACAUCCCAUCAUGGCGCCCCUCAGAGAAGUGACGCACACGAACACCCCCCAAACUCCCUCAAUUACACCCAACAAUGAUAUAGAUGACAACAACUAAGCAUAACAAUUUGGAGGUUGGGAAAACCAGGGGAAGCAGAUUGGCCAUUACCCUUAAAAAGGUAUCAAUUUAGGGAUAAUAACUAGUUGUGUUUGGGACAGUAAUGUGGCGAGAUGGCUCCCCUGAUGGAGCUGGAAGAGACACAAAGAGAUGGAACUGUUGCAGACGGACUGUAACACGGAGAGAUUGGAUUCCGAGGGGGGAAAAUCGCUUAAGUCAGAGCAGAGAGCCUAAUGAUAUAAUAGAGAAGUCUGAAAAUGAUGGAAGCUUAUUAUGGACACAAUUAAAGAUGGAGGACUGCUCCUGUCGAUGCGCCGACGUGCCUUAUCAACUGCUGUUUAUUUAUAUUCCCUGUGAUGGAUUCAUCAUAUCUGGCAGAGGUUUUUGAAGAAGGAUGGCUGUGUUGGGGAUACCAAUAUCUCGAAAGUGUGUGCAUGUAUCCAAGGUCUGAAAGGAAAGCAAGCCAUUAUACAUAUUAUGCGUGUGUGUGUGUUUGUGUGUGCGCGUGUUCGUCAGCUGUUAAGCAGAGAGGCAACAGCACCUGAUAACCUCCCAAUUUUACAUAGACAGACACUAUUGAUUAACAAAAUGCGUACGUGUCAGUCGAGUGCAAACAAAUCAAGCUAAGCAAAUAAGUUGAUAAUACAGUAUGUCAGGCGCCACCUAAUGUUUUUUAAACACCUAAAGCCAGGUGAUACCAUUUGAUAUAAUCUGAAAUGUAAUGCAGUUUUCUCAUUCAAGAGAGGAUGGAGGGAGUGGAUGGAUGGAUGGAAAGAUUUCUCUGGCUCCCUCAUCUGUAUUCUGCUACUGUCCACAUGAAUGAAUCAGAUAGUGAUGGUCUGUUUCUCUCUCCCACACUCUCCCUCCCUCCCUCCAUCUCUCUCUAUACCUGUUCUCUCUGCCAUGACCCUUCACUGUCUUUCCCUGUCUAUUUUUCUUUCAUCUCCAUUUUCUUCUUAUCCACUCUGUCCUCUCUCCUCCUCAACUCCAUCCCUCAUCUCUCCUUCAUCUUGUACGUCCUCAUCUUCACUUUCUCUUUCAUUUGCUCUCCCCCUCUACUUGCUCUCUCAUUCCCACCUUAUUCCCUUAUCUACCUCAUCUCUCGCUCAUAUCCACUCUUCUUGGCUCUCUGUCUUGCUCUCCUCAACACCUUCCCAUCUCCACAUCUUCACUCCUAUCUCUCUCUUGCUCCUACGUAUCUCCACCCCUCCAUUCCUCUCUUUCACACCCUUCCCUCACAUCUCUCUCCUCACUACCUCUCUUGCAACCCCUCCACUUGUCUUUCUUUCCAACCCUCUCUCUAUCUUCCCCCUCUCUCUUUCUCACCAUCUUUCCCUCUCUAUGCAUACACUCCCCUUCUCUAACCCCUUCCCUCCAUACCUCUACUUCUCUCUUUUACCCCUUCCCCGUCCACCAUUCCACUUCCUUCUCUCCUUCAUCCCUUCCCUUUGUCCACCCCUCCUCUCUCGCGCUCGCUCUCGCCCUCCCUCCUCCUCACCCCACAGGUGGUGUAUGCAUUGCCCAGUCUCUGAAGAUCCCCAGGGAGCCCAAGCCGGGGGAGUUUGACAAGCUCAUUCUGCGAUUGCUUGAGACCUCCAACGCCCGAGCCGUCAUCAUGUUCGCCAAUGAGGACGACAUUAGGUGUGUGUCUCGGUCUCACACACACAAACAGACACACACGCACAGACACACGUCCUCCUUCAGUCAGUGCACUCUAGUCGCCAUCGAGUUAAAAACAGUGUUUGUCCCCUCCAUCAGUUAAUCCACAAACCCUUCACUGUGGAUUGAGAUAACGAUGUUUCGAUUAACUCCGGGACACUACUGGUACAAGGAACUGUCUAUGCGGCGGAGUGCCUUGUAUUGAAGUUCCUUUCAGCACAUAAAGGACUCUCUGAUGCUCCUCAACCAAAAGCUCAGCACCUGAGUGUAAUAAGUAAACUCAGUUUUCCAAACUUCUAAGGACUGGGUAGAGCCACACAUCUUUCCUAAAAUGGUUAUAUUAGACUGGAUCUUGAGUUGAGAAGUCUGAGUUGAGAACGUCGGGUGAGGGUGACUUUGCAGGAAUCAAAACUACAAUAUGGUUUCCUUUCACAUUUACCCAUUUCUUUAAAUAGUAAUAUGGAAGCCAUCAGGUUAACAAAGCUUAGAUGGAUCAUUGGAGAUAUUGGAUACGUAUCUCAGAUUGGACAAUGACAGUUGAAUAUCUUUCUCUCUUUCUAUAUUUAUUUAAUUUAACCCUUAUUUUGAUUGAGAACACAUUUCAUUUACAGCAACGACCUGGGGAAUAGUUACAGGGGAGAGGAGGGGGAUGAAUGAGCCAAUCGGAAGGUAAUGACGAUUAGGUGGCCAUGAUGGUAUGAUUAGGAAUUUAGCCAGGACAUCGGGGUUAACACCCCUACUCUUACGAUAAGUACCAUGGGAUAUUUUAGCGACCACAGAGAGUCAGGACACCCAUUUAACGUUCCUAUCAAAAAGACAGUACCCUACACAGGGAAAUGUCCGCAAUCACUGCCCUGGGAUAUUUUUUUUGACGAGAGGAAAUAGUGCCUCCUACUGGCCCUCCACACUCUUCCAGCAGCUGCUGAUCUCCCAUCCAGGACCAACCCUGCUUAGCUUCAGUGACAAGCCAGCAGUGGGAUGCUGGGUGGUAUGCUGCUGGAUGAUGUUGCGGUUGGGGUCAAAUUCCAUACAGGAAGUGAAUCGGAAUUCAGUGAAUUGAAAUUCAGUAAAACUAAAUUCAGUUAAUCGAAAUAUAACAACUUUGUUUUCUUCUCACAGGCGUAUCCUGGACACGGCCAAACGUAACAACCAGACGGGUCACUUCCUUUGGGUUGGCUCAGACAGCUGGGGGUCCAAGAUCUCCCCUGUGGUCCAGCAGGAGAGAGUGGCAGAGGGGGCCAUCACCAUCCUCCCCAAGAGAGCCUCCGUGGAUGGUGAGAGAGCAGGGGACACUGAGCCUCAUUGAACCUACUCAGCAAACAAUGGGAAAUAAUGCAUGUGUUUGUAGCACUGUGAGAUGUACAAACCUUUUGUGCUAUAGAGUGUGGCUUUAGGCUGAUAUACAUUUAUUUUGUCUCUGCUUUUAUUCCUCUUCUUAAUUUUCAUCCUUAUCUCAGCCUUCGACCGCUACUUCCGGAGCCGCUCCCUCUCCAACAACCGAAGGAACGUGUGGUUCGCUGAAUUCUGGGAAGAAAACUUUGCGUGCAAGUUAGGGAUGCAUGGCAAGAGACCUGGGAGCCCCAAGAAAUGCACAGGUACAGCA